AUGGCGAAUCCUCAAACAUGGCUUAUUACCGGUUGUUCGAGCGGUUUCGGUGAGCUAUUCGUUCGCCAGCUUCGUGCCCUAGGGGAUAAUGUCAUUGCGACAGGUCGCAACGCUCCAUCGAAGCUUGCUCAUUUAGUUGAUACUGGCGCCAAAAUUCUUGACCUUGAUGUCACGGCGCCCGUUGCCGAAAUCGAGGCCAAGAUGGCUGAGGCAUGGAACAUCUACCCGGGUGGAAUAGAUGUCGUCGUGAACAAUGCAGGUUAUAUCCUUAGCGGCGCUGUCGAAGAGCUCACUGCCCAAGAGCUUAGAGAUAUCUUCGAUACAAAUUUCCAUGGUCCCCUCAACAUCACCAGAGCUCUUCUUCCGAAGCUUCGAGCUAAGAACAAAGGGACACUCUUAUACAUCAGCUCCCAAGCGGGCUGGCACGCUGAUCCCGGCGCGGCCGGCUACUGCGGCAGUAAAUUUGCGCUUGAAGGUGCCGUUGAGUGCUUGUCACAAGAGCUGGCUAUGUUUGCGCCUGGUCUAAAGGUUCUCAUCGUAGAACCGGGUUACUUUCGCACGCAAGCUUUCGCCAAAAUCAACCAUGUGCCUCCACGUGUGCCGGAUUAUGCUCAGUUUAAUACCGCUGUCCGCGCGGUGGAAGCUGGCAUAGUGGGAAAUGAGCCCGGCGAUGCCGAAAAGGCUGUUUCUAUCAUGGUUGAUUUGGUCAAGGGAACCGGCGUAGCCCAAGGAAAAGACAUACCUUUACGCGUCCCUCUGGGAAGCGAUGGAUGGGGAAGAAUUAGGGCGAAGUGUGAGAAUAUGAUAAAGAUAUGCGACGAAUGGGAAGAGGUAGCUAAGAGUACUGAUAUUGUUAAGCCAGAAUGA